GAGAAUAAUUGAGAUGGAGAGUGAAGAUGCAUAUCGAAUGGCACUGAAGACUAUGGUUAGAUGGGUGAAGAAGAAUAUGGAUCCACUCAAGACAAGGGUUUUCUUUGCUACCAUGUCUCCAACUCACUACAAGAAUGAAGGUUUAGCUUGGUCCAAAACACGUGACAUGGAACAACAAAUCUCCAUCAUGUCUGAAAACAACUAUGUCGCCGACUCGGAGAUCAUGGCUGGUGGCGAACUUUUUCCAGCCUUGGGUGAGUCUCCGACCGUCCAUCUUCACUUGCCAGGUUAUAUCAGAAACGAAAGACCUCAGCUUCACCACCCCAUUGCCCUCAUUUGUUGUUCCUUGUAUGUGCCUUAAGAAGAAAGCCAUGGGAAUAUUCUGCAACAGACGAAACCCAGAGAGGGAGAAAUCAACCAAAAAAAGAUUCAUGCAUAUCAGAGAAAGAGAGUGAAGGAGAGAAAAGAUUACGAGGUGAGUGUGGAAUCCAGGAAGAAGAGGCCGGAAGAAGUGUGGAUUGACCGGUGAGGAAGCUGCAACAUUUUCCAUUGACGAAGAGCUUUUCUUUUUUCUUGUGUGUGCAGUCGCUUCGUAUUCUCCAAUUUCGGCUCUGUUAUAGAGACUAUCUUUUCUCCAACUUCAUGCCGUUUCAGUAUGUCAUAAACGACACGUACGCUGACAUACGAGGUAUCUCUAUGGCAUACGAAUCACUGGCAUUUAAACCAAAUCAAACCAAAGUUUUUUUU